AUGCUCGGCAGUAGCACAUCAGCUGCUGGAACCCUCUCACGGGAAGGAGACGGAUCUUCCCCGCAGCAAGCUGAUUUUCCUCUUCCAUCCGGGGGAAACAAGCUCCCCUUUUCUUCCCGAAUUUCGCCGCCGCUCCCGCGGAGACCCGCCGCGACGCACCGCCUCCGCCGGCUACGGAAGCGAACGGCCAACGGCACGUUCUACCUGUCGGACGAGCUCGCGGAUAUCACGGAAGUCUGGUCUUCGUCGAUCCUCCUCCGUCCGCCGGUGGAAUCCAACGGCGGAGGCGCGACGUCUGGGAACUCUCCGCCUUCUUCUCCUCCUUCUCCUUCACCUGCUUCGUCAACAUCCGGCAAUAUCGAGGCGCCUAUUUCACUAGGCGAAGAAGAGUUAGGAGAAGUUCCAGUGGUAUCUGAAAGCGGCUCGGGUGUAGCGACGUCGAGUGUGGUGUCAGAACUCGUGGCUCGAGUGGCGCGCGAGCCGAUAGAGACUAUAGAAAGUCUAGACCUGUCGCGUGUGCUUGAAGCGGAAGUGGGACCCGACGGGGUUUUAACUGAAGGAGUGGCGUCGGCGGUGUUGGUGGAGCUGAGUCGCGCCGGCAAGAGCCGGCACGCUCUGAAACUCUUUGACUGGCUCAAGGCUCGGGCGUUUCUCCUGUCCACGUCAGCACACACCGCGCUGAUCGCUGCAUUGGCGCGCAGCGGGCCGUACGCUGACGCGGCGCGUGUACUGGCAGGCAUGCGCGCCGCGGGGCUGUCUCCCACCGUCCACGCGUGCACCGCCGCCAUGCAGGCCCAAUCACGCGCCGGCAGGUGGCGCGCGGCGCUGCUGCUAUUGGAGGAGAUGCGAGGCAUGGGGCUGAAACCGGAUACUAUGGCUUAUAAUGCCGUGCUCACUGCAUGCGGAAGGGCUGGUCGCGUGCAGGAGGUACUAGCUGUAUACCAGGCCAUGCAGGACGACGAAUGCCGCCCGUCCACCGGCACGCGCGCACUGCUCAUGAGCACGUUCGUCCGCGCCGACCGCUGCGACCUGGCGCUGCAGCUCUUCUUCGAUGCGCGGCUGGCGGGCCAGCCCGUGACUCCCGACAUGCACAGAGGAUUGAUCUGUGUCGCUUCUAAGGUGGGUCGCUGGCCCCUCGCUUUAGACCUGCUGGACGAUCUCCUUGCCACGUGGACAGACCCGGGGGCCGCGGUUGAACCGGCAGCAGGGGUUGCGGUUGAACUGGCAGCAGGGGUCGCAGCAUCCGCCACUUCACGUAUGGAGAGUGGCCCUCCUGCUCCGGAUGGUUCUUUUGAGGCUAGGCAGGACGAAGGGUCUGCUGCUGCUACAGUAGCAACUGCUGCUGCUAUAGUAGCAACUGCUGCUGGUGAUGCUGCUGGUGAUGCUGCUGGGGGGGGCAGACGCAGGUCAUCCGAUGCUGGGAGUGGGGAGCGGUGGGAGGGGGGGAACACGUGGGGCGAGGUUUUGGGAGCACCCAACUCUGCUCUGCCCUUCAACGCCCUCAUCUCCUCGCUUGCUCGUGCAGGUAAGAGCGUCCUGUACAUGUCCGUGCAGGUAAGGCCAAUGGCAGGUCGCUCUUUCAGUCUUCUCCCUCAUGAAGAAGCUGGGAAUUCCUCCGGACCACUUCACGUGGUCCGGGCUAGCUUCGGCGCUGGCUCGGGCAGGCGAAUUCGACCGAGCCAUGGCAUUAUUCGAGCACAUGGGGGAGAGGGAGGGGCUGGAGCCGACACUGGUGGUGUGUAA